GUGGAACCCUAAUACCCACACCCACCGCCGCGCCGCCCCCGUUUUCCCCUCAGUCUGUCUCUCUUUUGCUUUGCCUUUGGCCCUCUCCACUGACCAGUCCGCUCUUCCAUCUCCAUUGUGAUGCCCCAUCUCUCCAUCUCCGGCGACGCUCUCUGACAUCAGAAGUGCGUUGGAUAUCAGAGGUCCAAGAAGUCCAUCUCUGGCGACGCUCUCUCCAUCUCCAUUCUCCAGCAGUCCCAAAAUCCAAAGAAGCCAAACCCGGCUUCUUUCUCCACCUUCUAGCAGCCCGGCUUUCUUUCUCACAAUCACAGUUAAAAAAAGCGUGAUCAAUCCAAUUCUCUGUUUCUGAUGUGGGAAAACAAAUAAGGCCGUUAAGAUGAGCUCAGGCGCCGUUUUCAUGUUGGAGUCAAUUGCAGGGUCAUUUUCGUUGUCUUUAUGCGAGAUCCGUGUCGUGAGGUGGCCGCACUCUUAACAAAUAAGCAUACUCUUUGUUCAAUACCUCCUUGUAUCUAAAUUACAGAAGUCUUAUAUCUAAAUUAUAGAAGUCUUGCACCCUUCUUCGUAUUAAUGGUAUUAUUGGGGAAAAUGCAAGUCGAAUGUUAUUAUGCAUGGGAGGCAACAGAGGGAAGGUGAGAGUCAUCAUCGGAGGAUUGUUGUUGUUCGGAAAAGUGGUUGCGGCGGUCAGCACAUGCGGUCUGUCCCUUUGAGCACGACCAGGAACAGUUUAGCUGACGGCGGCGGUGACUCGAGUCUUAUUUCUACUGUUAUUACCAUAAUUUCUAGUGAUUCCUUCCGCAAGGUCCUCUGUUUAUCAUUCGAGUCCCAAUUUCGAAACUACACAUUCGAUACUCUUCGGUUCUUUCCAGUAUCCAUGGCUAAAUCUACUAGCAGUAGCAGAAGAAAGCGCCAUACAAAAGAAGAUGAAGAGAAAUACGACGACGCUUCAACAUCAUCACCUCAAUCCUCUUCUUCCGAAGAGGAUGAUGAUAAUAAGCGAAGCCACAAAUGCUGCCGUGGCGACGAUAGGGGUCCUAGGAAAUCCUCUUCGAGGAAAGACAGAAAAUCAUCCAGUAGGAGGAAAAGAAAGGAAAAGGAACGGAGAAGUAAGCACAAAUCGAAGGAGUAUGAGAGGAGAAAGAAGGAUAAAUAUUAUUUGGAUGAGUCCGAAGUGGCAGAGUCGUUGCCUAGGUCAGAUGGGGAUGAUGAUGAUUCUGGAUUGGAGAAUCCGGAGGACGUUGUCAAAUGUAUUUUGAAGGAGUUUCCUGCUGUCUCCAGAGAUUUGGAACAGCUUCUACACAUGAUAGAUGAUGGUCAAGCAGUUGAUAUAAGGGGAUUGUCAGAAAAAACAUUGGUGAAGCACCUGAGAAGGCUAUUUCUAUGUCUGAACCUUAAAGAAACUGGUGAUAAUAUCUUUCUACUGAAAUCAGAGGGCCAUCCUACAUUGGAGGUUUGUAGACCUGUCAUUCAUGGCUAUGGACAGUCUUCAAAGCAGCAGCUUGAUCAUUGUACAUUGGAGAACGAAUUGCUCUCGGUAUCACCAGAUGGCAGAAAUGGACCAGAUGCCAACAUGACUAAAUCAUCUGAAGGUGCCAUUGGUCCUAGACGAAGGGUAAUUGGCCCUGAAAUGCCAUCUGCUGAACUACUUGCAGCUGCAGCCAAAUUAACUGAAGCAGAAGCUGAGUUGAGAGAGGCUGAGUUAGUGGACGAUUCUGAAUUGUUUAUAGGGCCUCCUCCCGCCGCUUUUGUUUCUGAAGUUGAAUCAUCAAAUGAAGCAGAACGAUUUGAAGAGAUUACAAGAAUUAUGGGAGCUGAGGUGGAUAGUCCAUAUGAUAUUCUGGGAGUGAACAAGAAUAUGUCAGCCGAAAACAUGAAGAAAAGGUACUGGAAAUUGUCCCUCAUGGUACAUCCGGACAAAUGCUCUCAUCCACAGGCCCACCAAGCAUUUGUGAAGUUGAACAAGGCUUUUAAAGACUUGCAGGAUCCAGAUAAACGAAAAGCAUUGGAUGAGAAAAUAAAGCUCAAAGAGGAACAAGAGGAAUUCAAGGCGGAAUUGAAAGCAAUGAAAGAAGCUGCACACUGGAGACGUUUGCAAGGUAUAUCAAUGGAGGGUGAUGAUAUACUUUUAGCUGACAUGGAGGCUAAGGUGGAACCUAAAAGAGAUGAAUGGAUGACAACACUACCUCCUGAAAGAAAACCUGGGAUGACCAUGCAAUCAACAAAAUUCAGCAGAAGCUCCAAGGAGGGGCGCGGGGAUACUAGUGUCUGGACUGACACACCAUCAGACCGAGCCCAGAAAGCAAAAAUGAAUUAUUUGGAAGCCUAUAAUGAGGCUUCAGCACUUGCUUCAAAUGAGCAAGAAAGAAAACGAUCCAAUUCAGAUGCACAUUUGGUAGAUGAAUACAACAAAUCGAAGCGGUCAAAGUCACUAGUAGACAAGCAUCAAGAGCUAGCUCAAAAUCGAUCAAAGAAAAAAUCCAAGCAGGAACCAGUUAAAGAAGAAUGGGAGGGAAAGCAUCCAUGGAGACCAUGGGAUCGUGAGAAGGAUUUGACAGCGGGACGGCAAAGUGUGAAAUUGGAUGCUGAAAACAUGGCUCAGGGUUUGUCUUCUAGGUUUUCCUCAGGAUCAUUUCAAAGAAACUUCCUGUAGAGCAUUGAAUCAAGAGUCUAAUUUAUAAGCUGCCAGAAGUCCUGUAUCAGAUUGACGUAAGAUAUCUUUAAAGAAGUGGUUUUUGCGGUCAGUUCCUGC